AUGGGUCCAGUUCAAGCUUAUGAAGCUAAUUUGGACAAACAAUUGCGAAUGUACAAGUUGAGAAAGGAUUCCUUGGUGAAGGCAGCCAAAUACGUGAAAGAUGAAGAUAAAAUUCAACACUUGAUAAACUACUGGCGUACAGUAGCACAGUAUGCUUCAAACUACGUAUUUAAUGAACGCUCUGUUGCAAUUGAAAAAAUGGGUGGGUUUCAGGAAUGGCAAAAACGGCAAUGGGAGAAGAAGAAUGAAAGGAAAAGAGAAGAGAGAGAUGUUUUGUGGGAAAGAAUUUCAGAGGAAUUGCAAGCGACUUCCGAAGAAAGCAGAUCUUCAAUGAUUGAACAACUUGCAGAGAUUGGUUUUGUUGUUUCUAGUGAUGGUGAGAUUUUGGAAGAUCUACAUAUUGAGAUUGAAGAAGCUCCCACAUUUUCCAACGAAUUUACCAUGAGAGAUUUGUAUAAAAUCUUAAGACUAGAUUAUGACUUAGUUUAUAAAUAA